GUGUUUCCUCAUUUGUAAGUCGCUAUGGAUAAAAGCGUCUGCUAUAUGAAUAAAUGUAAAUAAAUGUAAAUGUAUGUGCACACCUAAUUAUCACACCCAUAUGUGGGUCUUCCCCAAACUGUUGCCACAUAGGUGGAAGCACAGAACUGUAGGAUGUCUUUGUAUUGCAUGAGUCUUUGGUAGUGUUAAAUUAUGUCUUCUUUUUGAGUGUGAAAAUGUGCUUUAUAAAUUGAAAAAGUCGUCUUCUUCUUCUUUUGGCAGGGUGGAAAGUCUGGGUGUGGAAAGGGUAGAAGCAGACUAUGUAUUUACCAGUAAUGAAUAACAUCUUAUAGUGCUGCUAGAGGCAUUCAUUACCACUCUCCAGUGACUCUUCAUUUGAGACACCAGAAUCUGUGAACACUCACUUGAGCACAUUUAUCUGAGCAAUGUCUAAGCUGGAGAAGGCCAUUGUUGCUAUACUGGAGAUGUUUGAGGAGUACGCUGGAACAGACAGUGAUAAUCAACUGAGCAAUGAAGAGCUCAGUGCUCGGAUAAUGUGCCAACUGAGGAGCCCUGAGUUCCAGAGUAAAGUAGACCAAGAGGAUAUCUAUGAAGCCCUGCAAAAAAUGGACAAGAGCCACAAUGGCCAGGUGAACUUUAAAGAAUUUAGUCAAUCGGUGGCCAUUCUUGCACAAGGCUUUGUCAAGUAUGGCAAGGGCAAGGGCAAAGUUCACCAGUGAAAUCCCUCAUAUACUUUUCUUAAUACAUCACUCCAUCUUUAUAAAAUGAAAAGAAAACUGUUUGAUCGGUGCAAUAUCAUUGAGGUUUGGGCAAGCUCUUUAGGUUUUGUAUUUCAUACUUAUGUAAUACAUUCAGUAUGGAUUUAUUUAUUAUAUAUAUUUAUCAUACUUUUAUGUGCCAUGUUUACUGCAAACAAUAAAAUAUUAAUUUAUGCAUGCAUAUAGAUACAUAAUGACAGAAAACAGACUUUAAUUUCUGUAAAUGUACAUAAAUUAAAUGCUGUUUUUCAUAUUAUUGACUGUUGCUUCUUAAAAUAAUUAAUUUACUGUUAAUGAAUUAAGACACCACCCACACCACUGAAAUUUUUUUAGAAGUGUUAUGUUUGUCGUUUGUUUGUUAUUGCUUUAUAAAAUUUCUGACUGUGACACCUAGUCUUUAAAGGAGUUUCCUGGGCCUGUUUUCUUGAACAGACACACACAUUGCCUGACACGUUGACUGAUAUGAUGCAUUAAAACAAACUCGGUUUAGAAAAAGGAUUUUGAGAAACUUUUAGAAAAAGAGAAAUGCAACUUCACUCUAGAAUUGCAAUUCACUUUAUAUACUAAAAGAUACAUUUAUUUUGUGUACUUUGUGGUUUCUGCUUUCUUUUUUUCUGCAUCAUCAAGUUUGUGGGAUCUCCACUUACUGUAGCACAAUAGCUUUAAUGCUCAAAGGCUCUAGCCUAGCAAAUUGCAAGGGAGAUUGACUUCCUGGUGACAACCGCCUUGCCCUGUUUAUCAUUAUACAAACAUUACCAUUCCAUACUAGCCGUGUCAUUAUUUUUUAUUAUUUACCUGACUUUAUUAUUUGUUCAGCUUAUUAUGAAGCAAUCGAGUUGCGUAUGGUUGCAUCCUAUGCUAUAGGGCUACACUAUAAUUUAGACUAACUACAACUUGUUCAUGGACUGUAUACCAAUAGCUGGGGGUUUUUUUUUUCUUCUAUUUUAAAGAAACAAUAUUGCUGGGAAUAUUGUUAUGUACACUAUUUAAGCAGAUUUAAUGUUUGUUUAGUUGCUUGCAGCUGGAUAAACAGUUUGGAUUUAAAUAUAUUAAAGAUAGGAAUUUUUACAGGGAAAAAAACCCAUAAUCAUUAGGGUGACGCAGGCCCACACUGCAAUUUGGUUGGCCACCAAAAUUCACCAAUGGCUCCCAUGCCUAAAUAUGUGCCACAAUUAUUUUUGACAAGCUGGAUAACAAAAUUGGAUAUCAAAAGACAUGGAGAACACAGAGAUUGGAUAAAAAGAACAUGGCAUUAUACAAGGCAUUAUAGUUUUGAUUCAGUUCAUAAUACUGGCUUCAUUAUUCAGUUCAAUUCUCAAAAUAUUUUGAACAAAGUUAAUAAAGAAAAAUUAUGACUGAAAAGACUCCCUUUUUAUUUCAGAAUCAUAAACUAUAC